AUGGCUUUUGUCCAGCUCCAUCCGAAUGUCCAGCUCCAGCCCCAUCCCCAAACUACCAUCUUAUAUACAGCCGUGGUUCGUGGUAAGGUAGCCUUACCGUGCGACAUAUCUCCUCCAUCUGCGGACGAUUCCGUGGUCUUAAUCUUAUGGUACAAAGGGGAAGAUCCUGCCCCUAUCUACACUUUAGAUGCUCGCAGGGGAACUGUAGAGCAAGCUCGACAAUCCGCUAGUACUCACUUAGAGAACAGAGCCUACUUCAACAUGAUCAAUAGACCAGCUUUCCUACAGCUAGAUCCAGUGCAAGAAGAGGACGCAGGGGAGUACAGAUGCCGGGUGGACUUUCGGAAGGCGAGGACUGUAAAUACGGUGAUAACGUUAAAGGUUAUAGUACCACCUGGAGAACCAGUCAUCUUGGACGAAGAAGGUGUUCAAGUGAAAGGCUUGAUAGGACCAUACAAUGAAGGAGAUUCUCUACUUUUAAUCUGCGAGGCUAUUGGAGCCUUUUGGACAAAAAAACAUCUUUGGAAUCCGAACAAUCGAUUGCUCUCUUUAAAUCGAAUCUGGUUUCAUCUUUAGAGGUGUGUACUUCGGAAUAUAAACCAUGAAUGUCUUCAGGCUUUGAG